CCCGCUUCGGUUGGCGCGCGUUGCGCCUCAGCCCCGACGCGCCUCAGUUGCGAGGUUGGCGGCGGCGGGGAAGCGUCGUCGGAGUCGCCUCGCCCUCAGGAUGUCGUUUCGCCAGCGGAGCCCCCUGGCCGGCCGGACUCGUAGCAGACCAACAGCUUCGUGGAGUCAAGGCAGGAAGCGUGAUGCAGAUGGGAAGCACAGAAAUGCGCAUGAACCGAGCGGCCCAACCAUUGAUUACGAUACAUACAGCCUGGCCGAUGGCAGAUCAGAGAGUUUCACCACCCCGGAGGGCCACAAGCCCCGUUCAAGAUGUUCAGACUGGGGGAGUGCAGUUGAAGAAGAUGAAAUGAGGACUAACGUCAACAGAGAAAUGGCAAGAUACAAAAGAAAGCUUCUAAUAAAUGAGUUUGGAAGAGAAAGGAAGACCUCUACAGGAAGUUCGGAUUCCAAGGAAUCUACAGCAGUCGUGGAGCUGGAGACGGACGAGGCUGUUCUAAUGAGGAGACAAAAACAAAUAAAUUAUGGGAAGAAUACUCUGGCAUAUGACAGAUAUAUUCAAGAAGUUCCUAGGUGUCUACGGGUUCCUGGGGUCCAUCCAAGGACUCCAAAUAAAUUUAAAAAGUACAGUCGGAGAUCUUGGGAUCAACAGAUCAGACUGUGGAAAGUCGCGUUGCAUUUUUGGGACCCUCCUCACGAAGAAGGCUCUGAUGCGCAAGUACUUAGCCCUGUUGAUCUUGGUGACAUGGAAACAGAAUCCGUAGGAAGUAAUUCCUUGGUGCUACAGGGAAGUUCCCAAGAAAACAAUGAGAAUUGUACAGACACCAACCAAAAUGAGAAGUAUUGAGCAUCGAUCUGUUGACUAGGUUCAGCUAGAGACACCUUCUGGUAUGGAGCUGAUGUCACCAGUAGAAUUGUGCGUCCUGCAGGGUCCAUUUUGAGGAAGGGGCAACUCCAGCAGAUUCACACAGAAAUAAGAAAUGUUCCUGCAUUACCCUCUAGAGCUGUGGCAGCUUUAAGAUGAAGAUCCGUUUCUCUGACCUUUUUUUUGAAAGCAAAAAAAUGGAAUCGUACGUAAUUGGGUAAAUGCCUAAUUUAUAUACCUGCAUAUGAAAAAGAUGGCUUUCCUGAGCAAUUGAAUUAUAGUUAAGAAAAACCAGAACGGGCAAUGUUGCCACAGUUUAGCAGUUUUAAAACAUGAAACUUUAGUAAGAAAAUAGUUUUAGCACUUGUUUAGUGACCUUUAACCAUGACACAAGUAUUGGCAAGAAGAGGUGGUUCUGCACCCUGCCCAUGUAAUUGUUACAAUCUGAGAAUGUAUGCUUUUCAAAUUAUUUCAUUCAGCAUUACCAAACAAUUGGCAAUAAUCUUUCCCAGGAUAUGCAGGCAUCUUGGAGAAAUAACCGUCCUCUUUCGGGUGGCGUAACCUCACCAAGUUUUAAACUGAUAACUUGUAAAUAGUUUUCUGCGGGGCUGUGUGAACUUUUAAGGAAGCCUGAAUGAAGGGUGCCUGGGGAUGUUAUUUUUAUUCAUGCUUAAUAUAAUUUUUUUUUUACUACUGUUGCUGUUUUUGUAUGGAAUAAAAUAUAAAUAAAGCAA